UUGACCACGAUGAGGGGGCUGAUCGCACUCGCCGCGCUGUUCGUGGCCGUUCUCGGCAAGGAGACAUUCGAGGGGCAUCAGGUGCUUCGCAUCACUGCAAAGGAUGAAGUCCAGCUGUCUCUUAUCAAGGACCUGGAGGACUUGAUCGGCUUGGAGCUGGACUUCUGGAGGGGAGUGACUGAUGUGGCCAGUCCCGUGGAUGUCAGAGUUCCUUUCCACAGCCUGCAGUCCGUCAAAAUCUACCUGGAGACUCGGGACAUUGAGUACUCCAUCAUGAUCAAAGACCUGCAGGCGAUCCUGGAUGAAGAGCAGAAGGAGAUGGCGUCCGCUGCUCGCUUCGGCGAGCCCAGAAACACUGACAGCUACGACUACUCCAUCUACCACACCCUCAGCGAGAUCUACAGUUUCCAGGACAUGCUGGUGGCUGAGAAUCCCAACAUGGUCAGCAAGAUAGCGAUCGGUCAGAGCUACGAGGGUCGUCCCCUGAAUGUGCUCAAGUUCAGCACCGGUGGAACCAACCGUCCCGCCAUCUGGAUCGACACUGGAAUCCAUUCCAGAGAGUGGAUCACUCAGGCUAGUGGCACCUGGUUCGCCAAGAAGAUUGUGACUGAUUAUGGACGUGACCCAGCUCUCACUGCCAUCCUCGACAACAUGGACAUCUUCCUGGAGAUUGUGACCAACCCCGAUGGCUUCUACUACACCCACAACACUAACCGCAUGUGGCGUAAGACCAGGAAGCCCAACGCUGGCUCUAGCUGUGCUGGAGUGGAUCCCAACAGGAACUGGGAAGUUGGGUUUGGAGGAACUGGUGCGAGCAGCAGCCCCUGCUCAGAAACCUAUAGUGGACCCAGCGCUAACUCUGAGUCUGAGGUCAAGUCCAUCGUGGACUUUGUGAAGUCCCACGGUAACAUCAAGGCCUUUCUCUCCAUCCAUUCCUACUCCCAGAUGCUCCUGUACCCCUACGGCUACACCAGGACUCCAGCCAAGGACGAGGCCGAGCUGCAUGAACUUGCUAGGAAGGCUAUCACUGACCUGGCCUCCCUGUACGGUACUCGCUACAGAUACGGCAGCAUGUUCAACACUAUCUACCAAGCUAGCGGAACCACCAUUGACUGGACCUACGAACAGGGCAUCAAGUACUCCUACACCUUCGAGCUGAGGGACACCGGCGAUUACGGCUUCAUCCUGCCAGCCAAUCAGAUCAUCCCCACAGCAGAGGAGACUUGGCCGGCUCUGAUGGCUAUCAUGGAUCACACCUUCAAGAACCCCUACUAAUGUGUGUGUGGAGUGGAAAUCCCUGUAGACAG